AACAGCUGACUCUCGGGUCACUUUCACCUUUCCUUUGUGCUAUUCUUCGCCACCCGCCAUCAAUCACCACCCAAUCAUCUCCCGGUGUUAGCUGAACACACGGGGCAGCCAUGUCACCAAAGGCAAGCGGGGGUCGCCCUUUAUCACCCAGCCGUCCGCACAGGUGUGGACCUCAGUCCCCUCUCGCUGCAAUGUCAGCAGGAGCUGUGCGCCUCUGGCCCGUCGUCGUCGUCGCCCUCCAGCUCAGAUGCGUCGCCCUGCUCGCCAUCCCGCGGGGCGGACGAGGAGGGGGGGCGGCGGGGCGGCGGGCCGCGGGCGGCGAGCACCUGGACCCGCUGCUCCAGCUCCGAGGUCCGGCGGCGGCGGCUCCCCACAAGAAGGCGCCGCAGUUCAUGUUGGAUCUUUUUAACGCGGUGUCCGUCGCGGACGGGACCCCGAGAAGUCAGAAGGACAUCCUGCAAGGAAACGUAGUGCGGAGCUUUGAGGAUAAAGGUCGCGCUGGAGAGAGGUUUCACUUCUUCAACCUGUCGUCGUUCGGCAAAGAGGAGAGGAUGAUCAAAGCGGAGUUCCGCUGGUUCAGAAAGAAACAGAAGUUUUACCUCGGGAAGUCUUAUGGGCCUCACUUCUAUAAGGUGGAUCUGUACGAGGUGCUGGACAGCCGCGUCAAGCCUUGGAGAGGAAACCUCAUUACAUCCAGACUGGUGCCUCUCUACACUCAGGGAUGGGAGGUCUUCAACCUAACUCAAAUAGUCUCCAAGUGGAUCCGCAACAGCCAGGAGAACAACGGCAUCCUGGUGGUGACCACCCUUCCCUCUGGCAAUUGGAUGGAGUCAGCGGUGGCCUCAGCAAAGCAGAACGGAGAGCAGGCGGAGACAAACUCCUACCUUGUCAUAUUCUCAGAUGACGGGCGGAUCGGAGCGUCGAACCAGUCAUAUCUGGGACAAGCUCAACCUGCAGCGGCGGCACCGGAGCACCACGACCACCGCAGCAGAAGGCGACGCUCAUCCCCAGGCUCCUCGCCCCACGGCCUCCCGCAGCCCUGCCAGCGGGUUCCCCUCUUCGUUGACUUCGAGGAGAUCGGCUGGUCGGGCUGGAUCAUCUCUCCCCGGGGUUACAACGCCUACCACUGCAAAGGCUCCUGUCCAUUCCCGCUGGGCGGCAGCCUCAGGGCGACCAACCACGCCACGGUUCGCUCCAUCAUGCACGCGCUCAAGCUCUCUGGCGACGAGGUGGGAGCGCCCUGCUGCGUGCCUGACAGACUCCAGUCCAUCAGUUUGCUAUAUUUCGAUGACGAGGAGAACGUGGUGCUGAAGCAGUAUGAUGACAUGGUGGCAUUAAGCUGCGGCUGUCACUGAGUGGGCCGCGCCACUCUCUCUAACACCAGGACGAUGCGGCACGGGGACGAUUGGGGUGGUGGUUUGCUUGAGUUAAUGAAAACACUAUUUUUGUGCAUAUGUUAAAAUAUUGUAUUAUUUUUGAGAAAUAAAACAACUAUCCCCCAACUAUUAAUUAGUCUUUUUCCAGUUUGGUCUAUGAAUUCCAGAACAUUUUAAUA